AUGGGUGAAAAGGAGAAGUACGAAAUGUACUCGGUGGAGAUGGAGAAGUACGAUGGGGAAAUGGAUGUGAAGAUUAAGAAGAAGAAGAAAAACAAAGCGUUGGAGAAAAAAGAGAAGUUAGAGAAUAUGAAGAAAGAAAUGGAUGUGAAUGAUCAUCAGCUGUCUAUAGAAGAGUUGGAGAUGAAAUACCGGACCAACAUCAAGAAGGGUCUGACCAGCACAGUGGCCGGAGAGAUUCUCCUUCGUGAUGGCCCCAAUGAACUGAAGCCCCCCAAAGGCACUCCGGAGUACGUGAAGUUUGCGCGUCAGCUGGCUGGGGGGCUGCAGUGCCUCAUGUGGGUGGCGGCUGCCAUCUGUCUCAUCGCCUUUGGCAUCCAGUGUAGCCAAGGAGAUCUUACCAGUGCGGAUGAUUUAUACUUGGCCAUUGCUCUUAUCGCUGUCGUGGUUGUGACUGGCUGCUUCGGUUACUAUCAAGAAUUUAAGAGCACAAACAUCAUUGCCAGUUUCAAGAAUCUUGUGCCGCAGCAAGCCACGGUGAUUCGAGACGGUGACAAGUUCCAGAUCAAUGCUAAUCAGCUGGUGGUGGGUGACCUGGUAGAGAUCAAAGGGGGAGACCGAGUCCCAGCAGACAUCAGGAUCAUCACUGGGCAAGGAUGCAAGGUGGAUAAUUCCUCUUUGACAGGGGAAUCAGAACCUCAAACCCGUGCCCCAGACUGCACCCAUGAGAGCCCCUUAGAAACAAGGAACAUCGCCUUCUUCUCAACCAUGUGCUUAGAAGGAGUGGCCACUGGCAUCAUCAUUAACACCGGGGACCGCACCAUCAUUGGGCGCAUCGCCAGCCUGGCUUCAGGAGUGGAGAAUGAGAAGACACCCAUUGCUAUUGAGAUUGAGCAUUUUGUGGACAUCAUAGCUGGCUUGGCCAUUUUCUUUGGUGCCACCUUCUUUGUUGUUGCCAUGGUGAUCGGCUAUCCCUUCCUCAGGGCCAUGGUCUUUUUCAUGGCAAUUGUGGUGGCUUAUGUCCCCGAGGGUCUUCUAGCAACGGUCACAGUCUGCCUGUCUCUCACAGCCAAGCGACUGGCCAGGAAGAACUGCGUGGUCAAGAAUCUGGAAGCGGUUGAAACGCUGGGCUCUACAUCGGUCAUCUGCUCGGAUAAAACUGGGACACUCACCCAGAAUCGAAUGACGGUCUCGCAUCUUUGGUUCGACAACCAAAUUCACACAGCAGACACUACGGAAGACCAGUCAGGGCAAAGUUUUGAUCAGUCCUCGGAGACAUGGAGAGCUCUGUGCAAAGUGGUGAGCCUCUGUAACCGGGCUUUUUUCAAAUCAGGACAGGAUAAUGUACCUGUGCCACGGCGCAUUGUGAUCGGAGAUGCCUCGGAGACGGCCCUACUGAAAUUCUCUGAAAUCACCCUCGGCAACGUCAUGGAGUACCGGGAGCGCUACAACAAAGUCUGUGAGAUUCCCUUCAACUCCACCAACAAAUUCCAGCUGUCUGUCCAUGAGCUUGACGAUCCCAGAGACCAGCGCCACCUGCUGGUGAUGAAAGGGGCUCCUGAGAGGAUCCUGGAACGCUGCUCCACCAUCAUGAUUAAAGGCCAGGAGUUGGCCCUUGACGAGCAAUGGAGGGAAGCUUUCCAAACAGCUUAUAUGGACCUCGGUGGGCUGGGCGAGCGUGUGCUGGGUUUCUGCCACCUCUACCUUCCUCAGAAUGAGUUCCCCCGUGGCUACCACUUUGACAGUGAUGAAAUGAACUUCCCCACCAGCGGGCUAUGCUUUGCAGGCCUUAUCUCUAUGAUUGACCCACCCAGAGCCACUGUGCCCGACGCCGUCAUGAAAUGUCGCACUGCAGGUAUCCGGGUGAUCAUGGUAACAGGAGACCAUCCAAUCACCGCCAAAGCCAUUGCUGCCAGUGUUGGCAUCAUCUCGGAGGGCAGCGAAACUGUUGAAGAUAUCGCCACGCGCCUCCGCAUCCCCGUGGAGCAGGUCAACAAGCGGGAUGCCCGGGCAUGUGUGGUCAAUGGAGGCCAGUUGAAAGAUAUGGAAAGUGAAGAGUUGGUUGAGAUCCUAAAGAUGCAUCCGGAGAUGGUCUUUGCUCGUACUUCUCCACAACAGAAGCUCAUCAUUGUAGAAAGCUGUCAGAAACUGGGUGCAAUUGUGGCUGUUACAGGAGAUGGGGUGAAUGACUCUCCGGCACUGAAGAAAGCCGAUAUCGGAGUCGCGAUGGGCAUUGCUGGAUCCGANGACCGCUUGGUCAAUGAAGCACUAGCUGUCUACUCAUAUUUCCAGAUUGGAGUCAUCCAGUCAUUUGCAGGCUUUACUGAUUACUUUACCGUUAUGGCACAAGAAGGCUGGUUCCCACUCAAGUGCUUAGGGCUUCGGGCUCACUGGGAGAAUGUUCACCUCCAGGAUCUUCAAGACAGCUAUGGCCAAGAGUGGACAUUUGGACAGCGUCUUUACCAACAGUACACCUGCUAUACCGUCUUCUUCAUCAGCAUUGAGAUGUGCCAGAUUGCAGAUGUGCUUAUCCGCAAGACACGACGACUUUCUGUCUUCCAGCAAGGAUUUUUCAGAAAUAAGAUCUUGGUGAUUGCUAUUGUGUUCCAGAUCUGCUUGGGCUGCUUCCUCUGUUAUUGCCCUGGGAUGCCCAAUAUCUUCAACUUUAUGCCCAUACGAUUCCAGUGGUGGUUAGUGCCGAUGCCUUUUGGCAUUCUGAUCUUUGUGUAUGAUGAAAUCCGAAAAUUGGGAGUCCGGAGACACCCUGGAAGUUGGUGGGACAAAGAACUUUACUAUUAA